GACUGAUUAUGAAAUUAAAUUCCUUAAUUAAUUAAUAAAUAUUUUGUUUCUAUAUCUGAAACUGUUGAUAGAAGCAAAGGUCUACUUGAUUUCAUCAAUUUGUGUUAAAACUCGUCUUCUUCUUCUCAAUCCUUUCACCCCAGAAUCUCUCUUCGAAUCCCACACACACAAAUCCUCCGCCGCAUAUAUUAAUCGCUUCAUUUUCCCCUCUUUUCCUCCUUCCUAUCCACAGGGUUUCAACUUUCACGAAUAUUUCAAGAUUUUGGAGCUAAUUGAUGCCAGAUAAAAGAUCUGAUUAAAGAUUUAAAGGAGUUUAGCUGUUUAGUGCAUAUCAACUGUUCGAUGAAAUUCCUCUGAGAGACAUUUGUUAUAAUUCAUCAUGGAUGAUCUUGUGAUUGAUACGAACGGAUUGGAUAACGAUUCGGAUGUCGAAGGUGACGAUAUCCGGUGCGAGAAUAUAGCGGAGAAAGACGUGAGUGACGAAGAGAUCGAUGCCGAAGAUCUCGAAAGACGGAUGUGGAAGGAUCGAAUCAAGCUCAAAAGAAUCAAAGAAAAACAAAAGAUUUUAGCACAACAAGCUGCCGAAAAGCAAAAGGCGAAAUCAACGAGCGAUCAAGCGCGUAGGAAGAAGAUGUCUAGGGCUCAAGACGGGAUCUUGAAGUACAUGUUGAAGCUUAUGGAAGUUUGUAAAGCUCGUGGGUUCGUUUAUGGGAUUAUUCCGGAAACGGGUAAGCCGGUAAGUGGUUCAUCGGAUAAUUUACGCGCUUGGUGGAAAGAAAAGGUGAAGUUCGACAAAAACGGGCCCGCAGCCGUAGCCAAACACGAUAAUGAUCGCGUAUCUAAACAACAAGGAAUCGGUUGUCGUAACGGGAACUCAAAUAGCAUACUUCAAGAUCUACAAGAUGCUACAUUGGGCUCGUUAUUAUCGUCGUUAAUGCAACACUGCGAUCCGCCGCAAAGGAAGUUUCCGUUAGAGAAGGGUCAACCGCCACCGUGGUGGCCCACUGGCGGCGAAGAUUGGUGGACGAGUAUCGGGCUCCCGAAGGCCCAAUCUCCACCGUAUAAGAAGCCGCACGAUUUGAAGAAAAUUUGGAAAGUUGGGGUGUUAACGGCGGUUAUUAAACACAUGUCGCCGGAUAUUGCUAAGAUUAGAAAGUUGGUAUGCCGGUCGAAAUGCUUACAAGACAAGAUGACCGCUAAAGAGAGUUCGAUUUGGUUAGCGGUGUUGAGCCGAGAGGAAUCGUUAAUUCGACAAUCUAGCGGUGAUAAUGGUGGUUCGGGGAUAACCGAGACGGAGACGCUAUCGGGUGGUUGUCGUGAUAAAAACCGACCUUCGAAUAGUUACGACAGUGAUUAUGAUGUCGACGAUGUUGAAGAUGGGCCUGCCUCGGUUUCAUCGAAAGAUCACGAUGCAGCAUCGCGUGUUAACGAUAAGAAACAAAAGCAAUCUAACAAGAAGCGAAAACGCGAGACGUUAAAGCCACCUAAGCAAAAAAUAGCAUCGUACGAGCCGCAAGAUACGGUGCCUAAUGUAAACCAAGUCGGUACAUCGUUAACCGAUUUACCGAUUCACGAACGCAUGUUGGACGGCCAUACUGAAACCGGAACUGAUGUUCGGAUUCACGAACACAUAUUAGACAACCAAUUUACCGAUUCACGAACGCAUAAUGACAUGUUACUGUAUCCACUAGUUCAAGAACCGGAUUACCGACCAAGUAGGGUCCACCACGGGCCACAAAGUUCCGAUUUACAUAGUCUGGUUCCGUAUCCUCUUUAUACGCCACCCGUUGAUGGACAGCAGCUGGUUAACGUGUUCGAGAAUGAAAACGUUAAUGCGGUUCUGGGUGAUCGUAUGCAGAAUCUUGAAAAAGAUGCGUUUCAUAAUGGGAAUGAGAGACCGGUUGAUAACCAUUUUGAAUCAUCGGUCAAUAGUUUGUCGCUAGAUUAUGGAGGGUUUAAUAGCCCGUUUAAUUUCGGGAUCAAUGGAACGACUUCACUUGAUACGGAUUUCGAUUAUCUGCUUGAUGAUGACCUUGACCUCAUGCAGUACUUAGGAGCGUAGAUUUUCGGAAUUUUCUUCAAUGUUGAUUGGAUGAGGAAUAACACAAAGAUAACACUUUCUGGUAAGAAUGUAAGGUUAGACCUUUUUCUUUUUGCUGAUUUUGAUCCUGAAACAGUAACCUGGACCGCUCGUCAAACUGUAGAGUGAACGUGUCUGCGAAGAUGAAAUUUUCUUUUACCUGUUUAUGAUUCUUGACUCUGUAAAAAAACUAUUAGAAUGUUUAAUAUCUGUAGCAUCUUCUGACAAUCUGAAUCCAUUUAAGAAUUAAGAGGCCCGAUUCAUUUCGGGUUACAAACUUUGUCGGAGAA